UCACAAGCCAGUUUGUUGAUCGAGCUUGCAAAGCUUCCGUCCCUCCUUGCGUUAUCGCUGCCGUUCUCUGACGGGGCAAUCAACAGGGGGAGUAAACAGAAAAUCCGAACACCUCAGUUCUGAAGUCAGGGGUACAGAGGGCUCUGUUGCACGAAAGAAAUGGAUUCCUCUCCGACCAUCGGGGAGUUCUUCAGCACGCUGUGCGAGAUGGGCUUCAGCGAGGCGCAGAUCCAGGCCGCCGUGCAGGCGGGGCACUUCUCCGUGCCCGAGGCUGCCGAGUGGCUGUUACAAGGUGGAAGUCCAAGGCACAAGCUUGUCAAGCAGUCUUCCCAGCCACUUGAGACUGCCUUCUCUGCUUUCAAUCCCCCUAUAGGCCAGGAUGCCCCGCCCACUGCAGGCUCAUCACAGGAAGUACCACACGACUCCCACAGUCCAGGCACGUCCCCUCCCGCUCCCCUGGAGUCGCGUAUUAAGCAGGAUAAGAACGACUUCCAGGAGCAGCAGAGGCACCGCGUGGCCCAGGAGGCCAGAGCCGAGAAGAGGCAGAAGAAGCAGGAGAGGGAGCUCGUGCUGAAGCGGAUUGCAGAGGACAGGAGGAGCCUGCAGCAGAAGGCCCAGCCCGCUGGCCAGCCGGAGCUCUCCACCUCGCCUGGGGGGGGGCAGCGUCUGGGGGGCAGGGCGCAGACCAGCAUGGACAACCACUGCAUCCUCAUGAUCCGCCUGCCCUCCGGGGAGUCCAUGCGGGAGCGCUUCCCCGCGGACGCGCCCCUCCGCCGCGUCGUGGAGCACAUCUCCGGGCGCCACCCCUCCCUGCCGUCGUUCUCGCUGCUCCAGGGCUUCCCGCGCAAGCGCUUCGGGGAGGCGGAGCUGGCCUGCUCGCUGCGCUCCCUGGGCCUCACCCCCAACGCCGCCCUCUGCAUCCAGACCACGCCCCCGGAGACGCCCCAGGACCCGCCCAGCCCGGGCGCCCAGCAGGGCUGGGGGCGGGUGGAGGCGGCGGCGCCCCCCGACGGGUUGCCAGCGCACCCCAAUAAUGCCGCGAGGGAAGAGGAGGCAGAGGAGCCGGCGCUGCCCCCACCGCUGCCUCCGCCCCUGCCCCAGCAGCUGUGGGAGGAGGCGGUGGGCUAUGCUGGGAUCCCCGGUGUGCCUCCACCGCUGUCUGGGCCCUCCCACUUCUGGGGGCGGGGCCAGAAACUGGUGGCAGGCGGAGGGGAAGAGGGGUCCAGCUCCGACGAGGAAGCUCCGCCGGACGAGGGGAACGAAGAGCCAAACUUCCCUUUUCCUGCAGGUCUUCCCAGGCUGCCCUUCCUCCCGGACAACCGAGGCCGCGGAUCGAUGGACCCCGGCCACCGCUGGCCCAACCAGGGCAACAGGCUCAGAGAGGGGGCGCCAGAGGAAGUGGUAGCACCAGAAGAGAGGCGGGUGGCCCCUGGGGCAGCGGGUCAGGCUGCUGUGGAGCGCCUCCAAAGGGCCGCUCGACAGGACGACCCCUCGGGCUCCACAGGACAGCCGUCUCCCCCGAAGAGACCUUUCAGGACACCCAGCGUGCCCUCUCUCUGUGUCAUGGCAACCCGAGCCACCGUCACCUUAAUGACAGCCCCCAGUAUGCAGUACAGCAGCAGUCUCGCCUGCCUGACCCCAGAGCUGGCAGAGCUCCUGCUCAACCACAUGUCCCGCGAGAGGCUCCUGCGCCCGCGCACUCUGGAGCUCUUCUUCGGCUGCCCGCUUCAGAAGUUUGUCCUCAACUGCUACCCGUACUCGACGAACGAGCUGCUGCGGCAGCUGAGGGCCUUCACAGCCCUAAAGCACCUGAGCCUGGUCAACUCCCCUCUCAUCACAGACUCGGGCCUCUCGGUGCUUUCCAGCCUACAGAAACUCCAGCACCUUAACCUGGCCUCCUGCAGCAAGCUAACCGACUCCUGUCUGCAGCACAUCACAGGCCUCAAGUCACUCUCCUUCCUGUCGCUGGACCAUACCAAAGUGAGCGACGCGGGGAUGGUGACAUACCUCCAGUCGGCCCCCACGUCUCUCACCCAGCUCAGCCUGAACCAGACGGGCGUGACCGAGCUCACCCUGGUGGCACUGCCCACCAGCGUGCCACAGCUGCGGUUACUCAGCAUCAAGCACACCAAGGUCAGGGACGCCUCGGCCCUGGCAGAGCUGCUCAGCCUGCAGACGCUGUACCUAGAUGGGACAGGCGUGAAGGAGGAGUCCCUGGAACACCUGGCCACCCACCCAACCCUGUCUUCCCUCAGCCUGGCUGGAAUCCCCAUCGCUGACGGCAACCAUGCCCUCCAAAUCAUCUCCGAUCUGAGACUGACCCAGCUGACCCUUCCUGGGAGACACUCCGUGACGGACAGUGGGCUGGCCUUCCUGUCCAGAUUGUCCCUGCUGUCGGAGCUGGACCUGACCGACUACACGCACGUCACCGACCAGGGCACCGUCCACCUCGCCACCAUGACCAGGCUGAAGAAACUGUCUCUUAGCAACACCCUGGUGACAGACCGGGGCCUGCUUCCGCUGCGCAGCCUGCGGGAGCUGCUGGAGCUCUGCCUGGACCGCACAGCUGUAACCAGCCGAGGCGUGGCUGCCUGCGUCACCUGCCUGCCUCAGCUGCAGGUCCUAGGUCUGGCCAGCACCCAGGUGGGCGACUCGGUGGUGAGGUGCGGCCUGAUCCACUGCAAGCAGCUCGUCAAGCUCAACCUGAGCCGCACGCGGAUCACCGACCGCGGUCUGAAGUUCCUGCGGCAGAUGCACUUGAGCCAGGUCAACCUGGACUGGACCGGGGUCACCCUCUCGGGGUUCGCCGGCCUCGUUUCCUCCUGCCCCCACACCGCCAGCAUCCGGGCGAGCCACACCCGGGUCAUCCCCCCGGACCAGGUCUCUGACGACGACGAUGACGGCGGCGACGGGAACGACGACGGCAGCCUCCAGCCUUGAGGCCUCACACUCCCCCCUCCCCCCCCCCCCCCCCCCCCCCCUGCACGCAAGGUCGCCGCGGAGACGUCACCGUCCGAGGGGUGAGGCGGGAGACCGCGUCGCGGAAUCACCCGGACGCGGCGACGGGGUAACCGCCUCGACCAUCUACGGCGCACCAACCCCGGGAAAAUGAAGCCCUGACGCAUACAGACGAACCCCUGCUACUGCUGUAGAUAAAACCCGUAUUGAGCACCUUGGGAAAUGACAUACAAAGGAUUGUCAGAGGGUCAGGUCUGGCCCCCAUAUCAAAGCGCUGUAGUCCAUGCGAGUAUAUUAUUAUUAUAGUCUACAGUCAAUUCAAGUCUAUUAAUAUCUGUCCUUUCCACAGGACAUGAAAAUGUCUACCGUUUCCCCAAAAUCUGCUGGAAUAUGCAUGCACUUCCUAAUGCUGACAUGUCCCAUUAUUUUCUUAUGCAUAAAGCGCCUGCACUAGCAUUGUAUAUAACCCUCUCUUAACUGGUGAAUGAUAAGUCUGCAUUCUAUUACUUUCAAAACAGGCCACUGGCCUAUGCUGGACAGGGCCUGCAAUUACCAAAAAUGAUUGGUUAAUAUGUGAAUGGAUACCAAGUUAACAUCGGAAAAAAUAUUUCAUGUAGACAUAAAUGAGGCUUACUGCUCGUACAAUCUGUUUCGGACGGACGUCAGGUUUCCCAUAAAAGGGUCUGAACUAUAUGAUAAUUAUAAUGUUGAUACUUUGUCUCUUUAUUCUUUGUUACUGUUAGGUAUUGUCUAAUACACUUUGGCUGUGUCAGUUAGAAAUUAGAUUCAGUUUGAGAUAGGCAAUGUGCAAUGUCUUCAUACCAGAGAGGAUGAAGGUGUUGGUCCAACUCUCUGGAAUGAAAAAUAGUUUUUUCAUCCAUGGUUACACAUGGAGUUAAUCCAGUGUUGUUUUUUGUUGCCAGGUAGUUAAUGGUUUUAGAGUGACCUCCUGAACAGUUGCCCCCCCCCCCACACACACACACACACUAUGCUCUUGUUAUCAACUUAAAAGUGUUGCAUUGCUUUUUAUAUUUCAACAAAAAAAAGACUGAUUUAUCUCUAUACACCACCAAUCUUUUCUGUGGACAAGAUGGCUAAAAUUUAGUCUACCAAAAUGAAUAUUGCUCUGAUUACUACAAGCAAUCAGAGCAAUGAAUAUUGCUCUGAUUGCUUGUAGUAAUCACACAUGCAGUGGUGUUACACUGCUAGCACUAAACCCUGUAAGAGGAGUCUUUUUGUUAAAUUACUGCUACAUGUUGCAUCUGAUUUUGAAGCAUUUUCAAACAAUAGUUUUUCAGAGUGACUGUUCUUGACAAGGUGGAAAAUAGGCAAAGGACCAGCAAAUUAGUGUAUCGUUUCCAAUUAGCCUCCCAUGUUAGCCUCGUCCUGUUUUGGACAAAAAAUAAUUUGUUUUACAGUUUUUAUUGCCUUUAUUUUUGGAAAAUGGUUUCUGGUGUGUCACUGGCACACCUCACCUCCACAGAAAAUGGUCCAAUCAGCAGCAAAAUAGUGAAGGCAUCCAGUGAGUUCAGCACCUUGCACUUUGUGAUGGAGCUUGCUGCACUCCUGUUGGGUGUAAAUGUAGGUCGGCAUGGCACUCUAUUUCUGAAGCACCUACUGUCAAAGAGUAGGCUUAUAACUCAUAUUUUGGUGCAUAUUUGGGUUCUACAGUGCACUGUGGUGCAUGUCCAAAGCAGAUGACUCAAACUUCUGUAGUUUUGCCUCUUUGUUGUACUGCACUGAGAUGUAAAGUACUGUUUAUUUUUCAAAAUAUGUACUGGAACAACUGAAGUGCUCUGCACAUGGAAAGUGCUUAUUAAAAAAUACAUUUUGACCUUC